AUGAGCGUAGUUGGGAGAGCGAUGCCGCGAUCCAAUUCCGGCGUGCACCAUCACCGUCAGAGCUCCGAUAACUUCAUCCUCGACGCUCACAGAAGCUGGUUACACUCUUCGACUUUCGCGCAGGAGUUCGGGACUCGAUCUUCGAGCUUGAGGAAAAUCGACGAUGAUCGUGUUUUGAGCAGUGGCUUGCUUGAUCUGCAUUCUUUAGAUACCGAGCUUUUACCUGAGAUGUAUGGUGCUCACAAUGACUACUUUACCAAUCACACUGUUCGGGGUCAGAGUUUUGAUGACUACGAGUCAAUCCUCUCUGGUAACAAACUUGUACAAAGGUCUCGGGGAUUACCUGAGAACAGUUUCGUCAAAAGUGUUCCAGCAGAUAAAGAGAGAGCAAACAAUGUUGCCAAGAUCAAAGUUGCGGUCCGGAAGAGACCCCUAAAUAAGAAGGAAAUAGCAAAGAAAGAGGAAGACAUUAUAUCCAUAGAUUCAAAUUUUCUCACAGUUCAUGAAAGAAAACUGAAGGUUGACUUGACAGAAUAUGUUGAGAAACAUGAAUUUCUUUUUGAUGCUGUCCUGAAUGAAGAUGUUUCAAAUGAUGAAGUUUAUGCUGAGACUGUGGAGCCAAUUGUUCCACUGAUUUUCCAACGAACAAAAGCAACUUGCUUUGCAUAUGGUCAAACUGGUAGUGGGAAGACAUAUACUAUGCAACCAUUGCCUCUCAAAGCUUCCCAAGAUAUUUUUAGACUAAUGCACCAUACCUACCGGAAUCAAGGUUUCCAAUUGUUUGUUAGUUUCUUCGAAAUAUAUGGGGGAAAACUUUUUGAUCUCCUCAAUGAUCGAAAAAAACUUUGCAUGAGGGAGGAUGGGAAACAACAGGUUUGCAUUGUUGGCUUGCAAGAAUAUAGAGUAUCUAAAGUCGAGACAAUCAAGGAAUUUAUUGAGAAAGGAAAUGCCACAAGAAGUACUGGUACAACUGGAGCAAAUGAGGAAUCCUCUCGAUCACAUGCCAUACUUCAACUUUGCAUUAAGAGAUCAGCUGAUGGGACUGAAUCAAAGCCUGCUCGACUUGUGGGCAAACUAUCUUUUAUAGAUCUGGCUGGAAGUGAACGUGGUGCAGAUACUACAGAUAAUGACAAGCAGACUAGGAUUGAAGGGGCGGAAAUAAAUAAAAGCUUACUUGCUCUGAAGGAAUGCAUUAGAGCUCUAGACAAUGACCAAGGGCAUAUCCCUUUCAGAGGAAGUAAAUUGACAGAAGUUCUGCGCGAUUCUUUUGUUGGUAAUUCGCGCACUGUAAUGAUAUCUUGCAUUUCGCCUAGCUCAGGUUCAUGCGAGCAUACUCUUAACACAUUAAGAUAUGCUGACAGAGUGAAGAGUCUGUCAAAAGGGAACAACUCUAGAAGGGAUCCCCUUUCUUCCUCAAACCUUAGAGAGUGCACUGUGUUGCCUGGGUCUUCAAUUUUAGCUCAUGAUAACUUGGAGGAUGAAACAACGUAUGUUUCCAGUGACAGGAAUCGAUUUGGUUGGCCCAAACAGCAGGAAAGAGAACCCUCUCCUCCAAAUAAUGUGGACCAUGUUCCACGUGGUAGAAUGGGGGGGAAUUUGGCGCCAUCUGUGUAUUCUGAUCAACAAAAUGGUCAAAGAGGUAGUCAAAAUGACAAAACUGCAAAUGAAUAUGUUGGACCAACAUAUGAACAAGACAGAACAAGAAAAACAAGUAAGAGGGUGGUGGAUAACAACCAGUUAUCUGCUGUAGAGGACAAGAAGAAGAUAGAAUCUCGAGUUAAGCAUGUAGAUGCAUCACAUUUUGAGACUAAUCAUUCUGAUCUAGAUGAUUAUUUAAAUGCCCUCCUGAAGGAAGAGGAAGAUCUAGUAACAGCUCACCGGAGACAGGUGGAGGAAACCAUGGACAUUGUUAGGGAGGAGAUGGAUUUACUUGUUGAAGCGGACCAACUAGGAAAUCAAUUGGAUGAUUAUAUUUCCAAGUUGAAUACCAUUUUAUCACAAAAGACUGCCGGAAUAUUCCAAUUGCAGACACGAUUGGCUCAGUUUCAGAGACGUUUAAAUGAGUAUAAUGUUCUCGUAUCUUCUGAUAUUGCCUCUAUGAUUUCAUUGCCGUGGAUCCAGACCCGUCCUUGUUCUACGCUUAAAUGCUUAGACGGAGUGUACCCUUUUCUUCCCAUGCAUGAUGAUGUGAAACCUAGGCAGGUGUUGUGA